AAAUGGAUUAAAGCAAUUUUCAAAAAGACUUGAUUGAAUCAGAAGAGGCCUUUAUAGAAUAAUUUGAUAGAAAUUCAGCUAAUUACCAUCAUGGUAAUCCAACAGCCGUUCCAGUAGGAGGUUAAAGAAUUCCUGAUUCGAUGCCAACAAUGUACCCUGAAUAAGUAUAAGAGAAUGCAUCAUAAAAUGUAAGGAUUUACAAAAUUAUUUCAACCCUCAGGAGUAAGAUUUCGGACCAGAAUACAAACAGCUAAUGCAAUACAAGGAAAUCUUAGACUUAUUAAAAAAGGUAUGUAAAAAUAUUUAUGUAAUUAGUCAUUGAAUAAAAUAUCAGCUCACCAUGAAGCUCUUUUGCGUAACUAAGAAAGUUUAAAAAAAUCUGAAAAUCAGGUUCAAAUUUAAAAAUUCUAAGGCUUGAUUGAUAAUGAAAGAUCAAAUUUAAAAAAUACAAUUCAAUAAUUGGAAGGGUACACUUAGUUUGUUUUAUAAUAAGCAAGGUAUAGUUAAAUUAUUAUUUAUGAUUAGAUUCUAAAAUAGAUAUAAUGAUUUAAUAUAAAUCCUAUCUUUAGCAUUUAAAACUUAUAAUACUAAAGAAGAGCUAUUUGAGUUUGGUACAUUAAUAAAAAAUAUGACAUCAUUAAUAUUUAAAGAUAAUUAGAAAUUAACAGAAGAUAUUAAAUUGAUUAAGAAAUAAAAGAAGUGA